UAAACCCUAAGGAUAAACCCGUGUCUAAUUUAUUUUGUGAGGUUAUGAAAUGAAAUCAGGAAAAGGAAUGUUUUCUUGAUUUUAAAAAUAAAAAUUAUUUGAAUUUUAGUAGUAUUUGAUAUCAUUUUAUAUAGAUUAUAGUCCUGUUACAAAAAUGACUUCAAAAGAAAUUCAAGGAUUUAAAGUUGUUUCAGUGGUUUUUUCAAGUAAAAGCACCACUUUCCAUGAACUAUUCAUUAAAGAACAUUCAUUAAGGCACCAAGAAGACAACAAACCCCCUGGCAGGACAUUAUUUGUCCUCAAUAUCCCUCCUUAUGUUACUGAAGAAAAUUUGAAAAAUCUGUUCUCACCGUGUGGAAAAGUUCUAAACGUGAUUCUACAAAACAAAAAUCAGUUUAACAAUGCCUACGUGAUAUUUUCCCAGCGUGAACAUCUUUUGAAAGCUGUUAAAGUAACAAAUUUAUGUUUAAAUGAUUUGAAAUCUGGCUUAGAAAAAUGGAUUGACGAAUAUAAUAAUUCAAUAGAAGACCCUACAAAACUCUCGAACGAGAUCAACAAUUUCAUGUUGAGAUUUGACAAAAAUGAAGAGGCAGGUAAAAAAAAAGUUGAAGAAAUUGAUGAUGAAGGUUGGACAGUGGUUACUAAGAAAAGUCGUAAUCCUGGCAUUGCAAAUAAGGAAAGUGUAAAAAUUAAAAUAAAUGAAAAAAUUUCGCAAGCUAGUAAGAAAAAGGAGCUGCAGAACUUUUAUACAUUUCAAAUUAAGCAGAGCAAACAGAAAAAUUUGACUAUGUUAAGGAAAAAUUAUGAAGAAGCUAAGAAGAAGGUCACUUUAAUGAAGAGCAGUAGGAGAUUUAAACCUUAUUAGGAUUUAGACUUUACUCAAUAAAUUUAUUAAAACAAAAACAGCUUUUCAAUUGGAUUCAUUUUAUUUUAUUAUUUGGAAGAUCAGUUUAAAAUUGAAACAUUAUAAUAACUGUUUAUUCAACAUUAAAUUUCUUUUUCAAUCACAAUUAAAUAAUAAAUUUCAAUAAACAAAAUUGUAGCACUGAAUAAUUCUAACAACAAGGUUGACAAGACUAUUAUAUCACUUGAGAUCAGAGUUAAACUUUGAAAUUACUUAAAAGUUGACAAUUAAAAAUAUAUAAUACUUGAUGUACUCGAGUGAAAAUUUGUUGAAAUAAUUCAAUAAUAUGUUAACUCAAUUUAAAUGUAUAAAAAAAAUAAAUUAAAAAACAUUUUGUACACUGUAAUCUAGGAACAUAUUAUGACCCCCUUCAGAAAUACUUUGUAGAUUUGUAAUGUUUUAAUUCAAAAUUCAGAGAAGGAAUCAUUUUUCCAUAGUUAUUCUUAACAAUAAUGCUACAUUUUAGGGUACUUAACUACAUCACAAUUUAAAACUACUACAUCUGCGUGUUUUUGUUGAUAAAAAAUAUACUUAUUUCUACAAAGUUAACUAGUUACUAAAACAGCAAUGUGCUUAUUUUAUUUAUUUACAAUAAUUAUCUACAGUUCAAACAACUAAUAGAAAUCAAAAAAAAAAAGUUGAAAUUUAUGUUUGUGUAGUCAUCACAGUAGUGGGUUUCUCUUUUUCGUUCUCGUUUUUUUCUGGAUCUUCAGAUUUAUUUAGUGAUUCCGGUUGAUCCCAAGGCUGUCUUUGCCCAGAACUGAACAGAACGUAAAACGUACAACAUGCAGCAUAAACUGCAGCUGCUGUAAUGAAGACUUUCCUCCAUUUGUUAAUACUGGGCUGCAAUAAGAAUAAUUUCAUUAAUGGACUACAAUUAUUAUGCAAUAUCUUACUGUUCCUUUAACCAUGUAUCCAGCAUAAAUAGGAGCCAGUAAACCAGCAAGGUUAGCCAAACAAUUGGUGAAAGACAUCAAAAUUCCUGCAAAUUGUGGGCUAAUAUCCAAAUGGUUGACUUUGAAUCCUGAGUAUAUGCCACCGUUAAGACCCACUCCGAUGGUAAGUAUAGCUACAGUUAACCAUCUGUCGCAACCAGUGAAAGCUGCUAUGAAAAGGGCGAUACCUGGUCCAUA